GUGAAAUGGAAGAUCUAGUGUUAAUAGAAACAAUGUGGGAAACCUAGGAUGGCAAAUGGCAAGUGUGUCUUCCUUAUAAUAACAAAAUAAUCCUUCUUCACAAAAUUACACACACUUCACAGAUUUAGAAAGAAAGAAGCCCUUUUCCUCACUCACUUAAACGUACUAUCUCUACUAUACUCUCUCUCUCCCUCCUCAAAUUCCUCGAACUAACUUUCAUUCAUACUGUCCCUUCCUCUCUCCCUCUCUCUCUCUCAUCGCUCAAUUGUUUUUUUCACCCAAUCCGUGAAAAGCUUGUGACUUUACUAUUCCUUCUCUUCAAUUUUGAACAAUCGUUUUUCAAAGGUUCAAAUUUUCCCUAAUUAAAUAUUCUGUCUCUCUUAUUGUUUAACCAUAAACCCUAGAAGAGUUUCGAAUCCGAUUGGUUUUGUCAGACUUUUUUUUUUUUUGCCGGUGGAAAAUAAAAAUUGAAAAAUUGCCGAUUUGGUCGAAUUUUCGAGUUGAUGAUUCCGGGCCGGCAUGGUUUUUGUUAGAGGCGAUGCGCGGUUUUAGGGUUUUGGAGUUCUGGGUCUAUCAAUGGGUGCCCUAACCAGCAACCGUAAACGCGGAGAUGAGUAUUCAAGCUUGAACCACGGACACCCAUCUCUGAAUUCGCCCAAUUUUCAAAUUGCAAAGAGACCUAGAUUCUCAUCCAUGCAGUCGAGCCAGGAUAACGCAGCACCUGUGUUGUCAUCCAAAAGUGCGAUCGCUAGGGUCUCUAGGUACCCCGAAGCCAAGCCUCCAUUGCCUAGAGUUCAUGCCCCUUGUAGAACACUCAAGUUCGGUUCCCUUUCGAGUCGAGGAAAUGAGUACGGUAAUACUCUUUUCGAUCGUUUGUAUGAAAAAUGUUAUAGGAUUAAGAACUUUGCAUUGGAGACGUUUCGUUAUUUACCCAAGGAAAAGGAAGUUGUUGAGUUAGAUAGAGAUGUUGAAGAAGAUUCGAGUAUAGAAGAAAUUGAGCUUAUAGAAGAUGAUGAUGAUGAUGAUGACGUCAAAAUAGUAGAACCCAAUGUGAUCAUUGUUGAAGAAUUGGAAACAAAAGCCCCGGGAAGUGGUUUUCAGACAACUCCUUCGAAAGUUUCAAACUUUUCAGACACCCCUUCGAAGGUAGAGGAUGCGGGGCUGGCUUUGGAUUCAUUGUCUCUUCAUUCUGAUUCUGAUUACGUUCCACUAUACAAGAAAUUACUCGAGGAAUAUGAGCAGACUUCCAAAUUGUCACGGUUAAGUUUGGAUAUUGAAUUGGCUGAGAAGAGCCGGUCUAGAUAUCAAGCUCAGCGUUCUACAAGGAAAACACAAGCAGUUGAGAAAGUCCCGAAUGAACCAUUUAUUCCUCUUACAAAGGAGGAAGAAGCUGAGAUUGCUCGAGCGUUUUCUUCUUCUAAUCGGAGGAAGGUAUUGGUUGUUCAUGAGAACUCGAAUUUACAGAUUACAGGUCAAAUCUUGUUGUGCCUUAGACCAGGUGCCUGGUUGAAUGAUGAGGUUAUUAAUCUCUACAUGGAGUUGCUGAAGGAGCGGGAGAAAAGAGAUCCAAAGAAGUAUUUGAAAUGCCAUUUCUUUAAUACCUUUUUCUACAAGAAGUUAAUAAGUGGGAACGGUUAUGAUUAUAAAUCGGUCAGAAGAUGGACAACCCAAAGGAAGCUGGGAUACAGCAUUGCUGACUGUGAUAAAAUUUUUGUCCCUGUACACAAAGAGAUACAUUGGUGCUUAGCAGUUAUCAAUAAGAAAGAAGAGAAAUUCCAGUACCUUGAUUCCCUGAAAGGAAAGGAUACCCGGGUGAUGAAAGUACUGGCCAAAUACUAUGUUGAUGAAGUGAAGGAUAAGAGUGGAAAAGAUAUUAAUGUUAGUUCUUGGAAACAAGAAUUUGUUGAAGACCUUCCUGAGCAACAGAACGGGUAUGAUUGUGGUAUGUUUAUGAUCAAAUAUGCAGACUUUUAUAGCAGAGGUUUGGGGCUCCGUUUCAACCAGGAACACAUGCCUUAUUUUCGAUUGAGGACAGUGAAGGAGAUUUUAAGAUUGAGAGCUGAGUAAGUAGAUUUUUGAAGUUUACUAUUCUUUUGACGACAAAAGUGAUGCUCAUCAAAGAAUUAGCUAGCAAACAACAGCAAAGAAGAGGUUCCCAUAUAUGCUCGAAUGUUGGAAAUAACUAUUUCCAGCCUUUCCUCUUGUGAAGAUGCAGCAAGCAACAUCGUCAGAAAAUGGAUGCUAAGCAUUCUUGGCUCCUUAUUGAUCCGGCAGCUAAGAUUUACGAGGCAUCGUAGGGCCAUAGUUUGUUCUGUUAUAUACCAUCUUCAAAGCCUUGAUUUCACUAACAAGUUUUGUUGGAUUGAUUUUUUUUUUCCCUCAAACUGUUUUACCUGUUUUUACUUUAAUCUUUUACCAGCAGCAUUAGCAAUUUGUAGUUGUGUAAAGAAAUGAGUCACAAAUGUUUUGUUUAAUGAUAUAAUGAUAUGCUUCUUGUGUUUACAUAAAAUGGUCAUUGAAUUUAUAUCAUAACAAUAGUACAACUUUCUUUUCAUGAUAAUAAUCAUGCUCAUAAUAAAAAAUAAAUGUAAGUGAAUUUUCGUAUAUAUUUUCUUUUUACAGUACAAGAUUACAAACUUUCUAAAAACCAACAAAAUGUCAUUGAAUCUCCAUACCAUUUCAAUGGCAUUGUUGAAAUAUUGAAAAUUUCCAAACUAUUUCAAUAUACAAAGAGUCAAGAGAGAAUGAAAAAAAAACGAAUCUAUUGAAUUUCUUUUUUCUUUCCUAAAAAUAUUUGAGUUCAAAUUCACAUUAACCAUUUAACAAAACAGCCCCCUAUUACACAACCCAUAAAACCUGGCAAGAACCUCAUCAGACUUAUCUUGCAAAUAUAAACGAAUUACAACAACACUACAAGAGACAUGAACAGCCGCCUGGAUGUGCACAGCCCAAGUCUGCACUCUCCUCUCUCAGAGAUACCCUCCUGCUCCUAA